AUGACCAACUCGACCACCUGGACACGGCUUGUGCGCUACAUUGGCCAGGACGGAGAGACCCGCCUGGGCCAGCCGGUGGACGCCUCUAUCGACGUUGGACUCGCAGUCGCAGCGGGCCAGGACGUCGAGGUCUACAUUAUCGACGGCGACCUCUACACUGGACUGGUGUCAAGCAGGAAGGACGUGAUCAAAAAGAUUCUGUCCCCCGUUACACGCGAGCAGGUCGGCAUCAUUCGCUGUCUCGGGCUGAACUUUUUGGCUCACGCCAAGGAGGCCAAGAUGCCAAUCCCCAACGAGCCCAUCAUGUUCAUCAAGCCCCGCACUGCCUUGACUGGCCCUGGCGAGAUCCUCGUUGGCAAGGUCUCGCAGGACGACCAGCUCGACUUUGAGACCGAGCUUGCGAUUGUCAUUGGCAAGGACGCUCUCAACGUCAAGGAGGAGGACGCCCUCGACUACAUUCUCGGCUUCACGUCGUCCAACGACGUCACAUCGCGCAAGCUCCAGCUGGCCAACAACCAGUGGUGCAUGGGCAAGGGUCUCGAUGACUCGUGUCCCAUUGGACCUGUUCUCGUCCGUCCCGGAGAGCUGGAUCCCGACAACCUCGAUUUUGAGGGUAUCCUCUCGGGCGAGACCAUGCAAAAGUCCAACACCGACGACAUGAUCUUCAGCUGCCGCCAGGCCCUCGCCUACCUCAGCCAGGGCACCACCCUCGAGCGGGGCUCGAUCAUCCAGAUGGGCACUCCCAUGGGUAUCGGAUGGGGUCGCAACCCCAAGCGCACCAUCAAGGACGGCGAGGAGAUGAAGAUUUGGUACCAGGGUGCCGGUACGCUGGUUAACACUUUCAAGUAUGUGUAG